GAGCGGGUGAGGCGGCUGCUGUGGCGGCGGCGGGCGGCCCUCAGGGACUUUGUUUCAUGUCUUCGGACUGGUUUAAGAGGCGCUUCUUGAGCAGCGGGAGCACGGCGAGGCGAGGGAAAGACACGCCUCAGCCGCAGCAAUUGCAAGGAGGGUUUCCGAAGCAGCCGCAGCCGCCUCUGCUGUACAGACGGCCCAAAUUCCUGCACGGAGCUUCUGACACGGGGGAGAGGCAGCCUGGCAAGCGACCCGUCUGUUGUCCGUCCCGAGACAGGCCUCUCCAGUGGAACACGGGCUAUGCAGAAACCAUCAAUGCAGAAAAAUCAGAAUUCAAUGAAGACCAAGCAACAUGCUGUCAGAUCUCCAUCAGGAAGAGGGAAUAUGGCAAAGAAGAGGAUCAGGAAUGGCUGAUUUUGUGCUCCGCUGAGUAUCUGACUGGCUAUUACUGGGCACUGUUUGAUGGUCAUGGUGGCCCAGAAGCAUCAAUUAUGGCCUCCAACUACCUGCAUUAUUGCAUCAAGCAGAAACUAGAGGAUGUGGUAGAAGGCAUUACUGAAAACAGUCCCCCGAUGCACCUCAAUGGACAGUGUGUUUGCCAAAGUGAUCCACAGUUUGUAGAAGAAAAGCAAAUCCGGCGGGAAGAUGUGGUGAUCGGAGCAUUGGAAAAUGCCUUCCAGGAGUGUGAUGAGGUGAUUGGUCAGGAGAUGGAAAGUGCCAACCAAACAGGAGGCUGCACUGCACUAGCUGUACUUUAUCUUCAGGGAAAGCUCUAUGUGGCAAAUGCAGGCGACAGUCGAGCACUCCUUGUUCGAAGACAAAGCAUUGUUCCUUUGAGUACUGAAUUCACCCCUGAGUCAGAAAGGCAGAGAAUUCAGCACCUGGCUUUCAUGUACCCAAAGCUCCUGGCAGGUGAAUUCACACGCUUUGAGUUUCCAAGGAGACUGAAAGGAGAUGAUGUGGGCCAGAAGGUCUUGUACCGGGAUUACUCCAUGGAAGGCUGGGGAUACAAGACAGUGGUGAAAGAGGACCUCAAGUACCCCCUUAUCCAUGGACAUGGAAAACAGGCUCGUUUGCUCGGCACCCUGGCUGUGUCUCGAGGCCUGGGGGAUCAUCAGUUGAAAGUAAUUGAAACAGAUGUUGAAGUCAAGCCUUUCCUCUCCUGUAUUCCAAAGGUGGAAGUAUUUGACUUAACCACACAAAAUAUUAAGGAAGAUGAUGUCCUGAUCAUGGCAACUGACGGCCUUUGGGAUGUUAUGUCCAACGAAGAUGUGGCCCAAAUCGUCAGGAAUUUUUUCCAAGACAAGGCAACUGACCCAUACAGGUUUUCAGAACUGGCUGAAUGCCUGGUGGAGAAAGCAAGGGGGAAGAAGGAUGGAUACUAUUGGACUAUGGACAGUAACAUUCCUGCUUCUUAUGAUGAUAUUUCUGUGUUUGCAAUUCCAUUGUACAAUAAGGAGUACUAAGUGCCCUCUUACUACCAGGACAUGUUACUGCAAUUUGGAUAUUACUGCUGUUACUGGGACCAAAUCCAGAACUACAGCUACUAUUAAAAAAUAAUCCCCCAUCUUCAUCCUUUGAAAGUAACAUCAGAAAAGGCAAUAUCUAAUACCAUUACUUAUUCCCAUGACAUGAAGACUCUAGAAGGUUUUGGACUAAAAUGGCAUACCAAUUCUACUUAUGCGAGCAGACUGUUAAAUCUGUAAAUCACUUCGAAGGCAGAGCAUGCUGACUUUUCAUAAGUUCUAGGUCAAUAUUUAAGUGGAGCAAGGUUGUUUUCCUCUGGACAAGUUUUUGCAGUAUUUAUCAUCAAAGGAAUGGCACACAGACAGCAAUAUGAAAUUAACAUGUGGUGCUAUUCAUUUUAGUCAUAAGAUUGGAUUUUAAGUUUUGUAUCUUGGCUGAAGCGGAAAUGCCAAGGAACAAAGUAAAAUGGUAAGAGGAAAUGUCAUUCAGUGCCACUUGCAAAGACCCUUCUAGUUGAUUUUUAUACAGUUGCACAGACCUAAUUUACAGGAAAUGUGUAGCGUUACUGAAGGGAACUAGUGUAAUAUUUUGUAAAGUUGCUAACUUGGCUGUAAAAUAUCAGGUCAAAUCUACUAAAGCAAGUGUAAUGCCUAAUAGGGCAGGGGACAUUUGAUACUUGUAAUUUUAGAAGUAUUUUAUUUUAUCUUUGUACUUUUGCAAUAUGUCCAUAACUAGAUUGGAUAUUAAAUUGUGGCUUAUGCCUGCUUUGUUAUAGAAAACCAGCAAUAUUAUGAAGGUUACUACCAUGACUUAAAAUAUAUACCUUUAUUGAAGACAAA